GGAAAAUCCGCAUCUGCAACGUCGAGGAGUCACCUUAAAUCCCUGGGCGGCGUUACCGCCCAACACCUUUCUUCUCCACCGCUUCUCUGCCUUCUUUGCACUUCUCUCUCCCCACCUCACCCUUCUGGGCACCUUUUUUUCUCUCUUCAUCUUGCCCAGCUUCUCACCGUUGGGUUCUCACUCAUUUCGAUCGUUCCUAGAUCUGCUAGUUCAGGUCAUUUCUUUCGCCAUCCGGCUGUCAUCAUGAACAGUCUGGUGGCCACGCCUCCUGUCCCUCCUCAUUUCUACGAGAACCCUCGAUUCUCUCCCUCCCGUAUAAUGUCUACACCUUCGUCGUCCUACACCAGCCGAAAGCGGAAAGCCGACGACGAUGGCAAUGAUCACGAUGGACGCAUGUCCGCCUCUCCCACCAACUCGCCUGCCUUCACUCCUCGCCAGCUCCCUUCUUUCCGAAACAUCAAGCGUUCCCGACCGAAUGUCUCCGGGAAACCUCUCUCCCUACCUCGUCUCCUAGAGACCCUCGAUACCGAUGCCUUACGGACAGUGGUACGGACCAUGUGCGAACGCCACCCUCAACUGGCCGAUGAGGUCGCCCAAACCUCUCCCCGUCCAAGCGUCUCUUCUACUCUGCAGGUGCUGCGAAACUAUCAAGCCGCCCUCCAGUCCUCGUUCCCCUUGGGUGGCAACACCGAAUCCGACUACGCCUACAAUCGAGUACGACAGCCGCUUACGAACCUUCUGGAAGCUCUGAGUGAUUUCACGCCGAACUUCCUCCCUCCAAACGAAUCACAGCCGUCGGUUUCUUUGAGCUACCUGGACGGGGCGACUGAUAUCAUCCACGGCCUGCCCCGCUGGAGUACGCCACAGAACAAUUUCGAGCGGGACUCAGCCUAUGAUGAGAUCUGCAAAGCCUGGAUCCUGGUGAUCAGGGAAGCGGCAAAGCGAGGUGGAGGUAUUCAGCUACAAUACGGUGGCUGGGAUCAAAAGCUGGCAAAACACAACCAAAACUCCGGGGGCAAGAUGCAGGCCGCAGUCAAUGAACUUGGGCAAAGCCUGGGCUGGAUGAACGGACCUGACUCGCCGUCCCACGGCGCUGGCAACAUUGAAAUGGGCUCCAUUCGAGACCAGCUUCUGUCGGGUACCUACGGCCUGGGCACACCCGUCAAGGUUGGACCUUGGUGAGCGAGAGGACUGUCCCGUGACUCACUUCUCGGCACUCAAGCUCCAAUAAGCUAAACAAUUUGACGACCACUUAAACACCAUUUCGCAUAUACCAUAUGCACUCACGUCGCACCUCCAUCUGCUGCAUCGACCCCCUUGGUUUCGUUGUGGGCUUCCUGCAACAAUCCCAACCAAACACCCGGCCGGACCAUGUUCGACGUAUGCCACGAUCACGACCCCCUAUUGCAUGACCUUUAGAGAAACCAUCAGGUCUCAGAAUGGCGUUUAUAUUAUGCAAAGGCGAAUAACCCGACAAUUUCGUUUCCUUUUAUUUUUCAUUUCCCCCUUUUCUGCAAUUUUUUUGUUUGGGGAUGUUCGGGGAAAAGACAAACGUGCCGUAUCAAGCUUGAUCAAGCUUGUCCUUGAAUAAUACCCUCCCGAAUGAACCAGACACUCAUCAACCCACGCUUGCCUUACUAGGGCGUUGCUGUUUCCUUCUCUAUGCUAUUGCUCUUCCUAUUCCGACUUUCCAGUUAUGGUUUUCCCUCCUUCCCUUUCUUUCUACCGUUAUCCUCAGUUUCUUUUGUUUAUCAUAUUCAAAUCUCGGGUGGCAUGCUUCCCUUACAUUCAUGUUUGCCUUUUGUUGCCUUGUGUGGCGCUAUUUGGAGUCAUGUAUAUCCCUUCCGCUUUCCUAUCCGCUUGGUCCCGGUCGUCAUCUUCAGCUUUGUCUACGUCAGCAUGAACCCUGCAACCCCUGUGGUUACGCCGGGAAUAUGCCAACCGAACCCUCGGGCGGAAUUGAGUUCUACUCAAAGACUUUAGGCAUUUUGGGAUCUCCCUACCUGCCAUGAAGAGGAACUCAGCAAUGACAGUUGCAAGCUAGCUAGCUCAAUGAAAUAUAUUUGAAAUAACCUCAAAUUCAACUGCUUGUGCACCGGCUUAGAGAUUUGUAAGAUUCGUAGUAGUGAAGAGAUUCGCGAUCAAUUAACUGAAACCAGAGUGUCAUAUCCCGUCCACGUCGUAUGUUUGAGGGAGAUUAGAGCAACAAUAUUCUAUACAAAGACUAGUGAAUCGAUCUCUCCCCCGGGGCAGAUCAAAUUAAAGCACGCUUCAUGACCUGGAACAACCACCUCGCAUCCUCCCACCCGCCUUGAGUACCAGGCUUCUCGACGCUCCCCAAGGACUCGCCAUCCGUAUGUGAAAGGGUUUCCGCAUCAUCAUCUUCAGCAGCGGCCAGCGACAACGUAUCAUGAGCCCGCUCCUCUUCUUCAGAUCGGACAUGUGGACCCUCCUCAAACGUGACAGUCGUCGACGUCGCAGCCGUCCCAAUCCUCGUGGCAGUCCCCGCAUUAGGAGCAGGAGCAGGAGCCGGCCACUCCUCCACGCCGAACAACGUCCACUCAACCAACCGAUCAAUCCAGCUACCAAGCCCAAACCCACGUUCACGCGUGAGCCGCUGCAAAUCCGCCUCAUCGAAUUCAUCCGGGGUAUCAUCUGAGAACGACUCAUACUCCGAUUCAUCAUCUUCCUCACCAUCCCAGAACUCGGACUCUUCAUCCGAGAGCCCUCGUUCCCGCUGCAAAGAUGCCAUUUCCGCGCGAAUACGCUCGUCCACGAAAUCAGGUACCAGUCCCGAACCCCGACCCCGGGAUACGGGACUCGUCGUGCCGACUCCGGGACUAGGCACUUUCCCUCCCUCGGCUGUCAACGAAGCAGAUGAAAGCGGCGGGAUAGUCGUCAUAGUUAACCCGGCCCGACUACCACGUCGACUGCCACCACGCGAGCGCGAGCUGCGACGGGAAUACGCCCCCGGGGUGGACGUUCCCGAGCGAGACUUGCGCGAUGACGCGCCCGACUUGGUGUGGUUGUGGUGGCGCUGUGAGUGUGGAGUCGUGGCGUCGUCGAGCGACAUAUCGACGAGACUUGUGGAGCUCUCGCGCUUCGAGAGCCAGCUCUGACCUUUUUCCUCGCGGGUGGAUGAAGCAAGAGCUAUGCCGGCGCGAAGCAUCCAUUCCGCAUCAGACUUGGAGGAUGUAUGAGCUGCAUCGCUGAAUUGGCGCCGUGCGUAUGCGGAGCUAGCUUGUUUCUUGUGCGAGGCUUGGUGGUGGUGUAGUGCCAGGGCGACUUCUUUACUGUGUAGAUUCGUAUCACUUAGAAGACCGGCUCGGGUGGAGCUUUUGCUUCGGGCGUGGCGGGUGCGCGAUGAGCUGCGUGAGUGCGAAAGGAUGGGCGGUGUGCUGGGUACGGAGACGCUGGAGAGAUAGGAGCUCCGUGGUGGGGCUGUUCUGGUACCGCUGGCUGUGUGAUCGUGGCCAUCGUGGUCGGUGGUGCCGUGGUGGAUGUUGAAGUAGUCUUCGGGUUCGAGGUCGUCGUCGAUGGGGAACCGCGGUGUAAGUGGAGCAAGCGAGACGUGAUUUAGAUUGGGGUAGGAGCGGCGAGAAGGGAACCCGCCCGAGUUGGAG